AUGUAUCCUUUAGGAAUAAGAAUAAUUAUCGUUAAAGUCGUUACAUUAAUCAUGGCUAAAGCAACAACUUGUAAAGAAGCUAUUCAAAGAUGGGAGGAAAAAACAGGUUUAGAUGCUAGUGAACAGAAGGAAAUAAUUUUAUGUUUCCAGUGGCCCCCUAUUGAGAAAAUGGAUAAUAGUUUGGCUGCACUCGCUUCUGUGGAGAAACUAUCACUUUCGACGAAUAUGAUAGAAAAAAUCAGCGGUAUUAAUUCUUUGAAAAAUUUAAAAAUUCUCUCUUUGGGUCGUAACAACAUUAAAACAUUUUCUGGAUUAGAAGCAGUAGGAGAACAUUUAGAAGAAUUAUGGAUAUCUUAUAACCAAAUUGAAAAAAUCAAAGGUGUUAAUGUUUUAAAAGCGCUUAAAGUACUUUACAUGUCUAACAAUUUGGUAAAGGAUUGGACAGAAUUUAAUCGUUUGCAAGAAAUACCGAAUCUCGAAGACCUAUUAUUUAUUAAUAAUCCUAUUUGUGAAAAUAUGGACGUAGAAUCGUGGCGCAGUCAAGCUACUAAAAGACUGCCCAAACUGAAAAAGCUCGACGCUAUACCAAUCGUAUAAUUAUUUUAAGAAAUUACAUUCUUC